GGGUAAUUAUAGAAUUAUUAGGAGUUACGGAAGUGGUCGAGUAGAAUCAAAACAUAUUGACUAUUAGAAACCAAAAAUGGGUUUCAUGCCAAAUACUGUUCAUACAUUAUCUUUCAGGAUUAUUCAACAUUAAGAAUAAGAUGAGGUACUGCAAUUAUGGCUUCAAAACAUCUGGUACCCGAACAGCAAAACUUUGUUCGACUAUCUUUUGCCUGUUUGGAUGAAAUUCGAGUAAUGCUGGGAGACAUUCUACACUGCCAGAUACCACCAGAAGAUCUCUUCAAGAAAAUCCAAGCUACCACGACAUUGUUAAUCGGAAACCAACAGCUCAGUCCAGAACAAUUAAAACUUUGUUAUAAUCCUUGUCCUUUUGUCCCAGACUAUCAAUAUUUCGAUAUCACCUUACUGUACAAGCUCAUCCGGAACCUGUGUCAAACAUUACAACCUUCACAAGGAUGGGGACAAAAACCCCGCAAGACAGACAUCAAAAUCGGAGAUGAUAUUGAACGCCUCAGAUUAUUUAGAAAUGGGAUGAUUGGACAUGCGGGGUCUUCCUGUGUACCUGAUGGUAUAUUUGCUUCCAAGUGGAGUGAGCUUGAAAAUAUUUUUAAGAGGAUACAGGGAUUUUUAUCAUUAAACGGAAUCACAAAAAACUUCGUGGAACAACUUGUAUCUCUCAAACGAACCGACUUUGGUUGGCAGGAUCACGAAAAGAGCGAAAUGCGCUUGAUGUUCGAAUGUAUUAAGCUCACAGCGAUACCAAAACUAACAGUACAAGGUGAUGAACAAAAGGUAUGGGGAGAAAAGGCAUGUUUUAUGGCAAGGUAUGAAGAUGGCGAUACAUCAAAUAACUGGCCUAUCACGUGGCAAAAGAUUACAGGAAACACAAUAAAACAGCUAGACAUUAGUACAGAGAGGUACAGAGGUAGCUCCAGUCAACAACUGGUGAUCCCAAGGGUUAGCAAAGAUGACCAGGGAGAAUAUCGAGCCACUGUAUCACGUGAGGAGAAGGGAACGCACAUUCACAUCCCUAGUAACACCAUCUACCUUACGGUGACAGGAGAUUUACCAACUUUGGAAAUAGAAAAUGCAAUAUCUGAAGAAGACAGAAUAAUCAUUCAUUACAACGUUAGUGUCGAUGAUCAAUCCCCAGCUGUGCAUAGCGUUAUGUGGAGCAAAGAUGGAGAACAUUUAGAGAAAACUGGAGAUAAGUACAGCGGUGGACAAUUAAUGGAUACGUACUUAACGAUACACUCUCCAACAUUGAAUGAUGCUGGUCAGUACAGUUGUGAAGUUUCCAAUGCCGUAGGACCCGACACGAAAUCCAUACAUCUGAGUGUGCCUUCCGUAUCCAUUAUUGAGGUUCCAGAAGUUAUUGUAGGAAAUCCUAUCAUCAUUGUGCCUACCAUUCAGUCUUGUCCAACACCAGUAUCAGCAAUAUGGCAGAAAAAUAACAGACAUAAUAAUGAAGAGUUCGAAAGGCUAGAAAUUAAUGAUUCCAAAUACUUCGGGAGUAGCGAUGAUCCAGACGAUCCGAGACUUGUCAUGCAGAAAGUAACGCAAGAAGAUGCAUUAUAUUACCGACUUAUCGUGUCCAACGGGAUAGCCCAGAGUGCAAGUAACACUAUUUACCUGAAACUCAUUGGAGGUGUCCCGUCUUUAUAUGUCCAUCAUGAAACGCAUAUUAUGGAGAACAGUGUGACAUUGGUAUGUGAAAUGACCGUGCCAAAUCAUUCCCCAACGGUUUCUGAUGUCUUUUGGACAAAAGAUGACAGAAAGAUUGACAUUACAGGAAACGGAGAAAAAUAUUCAGGAGGGAGUAUUGAUAAUCCCUCGCUAACUAUCAAGACGGUGAACUCAAACGAUGUGGGAAUAUAUCAGUGUUGUGCGUCAAAUUCUGUUGGAGAGAUGUGCAGUGAGAAGAUUUAUCUUGGUCCACCUUCAAUUGAGUUCGACAAUCCAGACUUCGAUGAAUUACACAAAAGAGUCACCUACAUCGCUACGAUCAAAUCCAUUCCUGUUGCUCUUAAUGCUGAAUGGAAAGUCAAACAAGAUAGGAAUGACGAAUUUCAAGUUAUAGAUGUGCAAGAUCCGUUAUACAGAGGGUCUAUGAUAACUUUGCCUCGUCCAAAACUGGUAGUAAACAAACACAAAGUCGAACAAGUAGAACCAUUUCAACUUGAAGUUUUCAAUUCCAUCGGAAGUAGCAGAAAAAAUACUCAAGACAUAGUUGUGGACAGUCAUGAUGCUAUUAUAAACAAAGAGAUCCCAGUUCCUUUGAUGAAAUUCUACAGCAAAAGAGGUUCUAAUGUUCUCUUUGCUAACCUCAGUGACGACCUGGUGAAAUCAAUUCCAGAGAAUACACUUGACAGCCUCAAGCUCGUUCUUCUUGGUUUAAAUGAAGUUGAUGCAGAAUCAAUAAAGGAGUUGAAAUCCGUCACAGAGCUGCUCAUGCUUCUUCAAGAGCAUAAACUCUUCACUCAGACAGACGUGAUUUUCAUGCAAUAUUUACUAAAAAGAGCCGGAUGUCAGAAAUUGUAUGAGAAAUGCGUUCAUUAUGCUAGACAACAGAGAGCAUUAUGUUUUUUUGAAAAAAACCCAGGUAACAUUUGUUAUGCAUUGGAUUGUUUAAGAAAGCAUCAUUCUUAUAAUCUUCAAACUGUAAACGAAUUCAAUUGAUUAAACUAUAAUUGAUACCUCACUGAAACGAAAUACCCAUAUCAUUGCAGACAAUGGAUUUAAGCACGUCAAGUUUCACGUGGCAGGGAAUUUUGAGAUGUAUUCACGAGAGGACAUUGAGAAGAUCAGAAUAACAGUCGUUGCUAUGUUAUGCUGCGAAGAUGGUGAUGUUGUGGUAGACAAACUUGGCCCCGAUAAAAGCUUCAUUGUAGUCUUAGCCAUCAAGGAAAUAUUCGUCAGCAAAAUCUUACAUAUGGAUCAGCAACACAUUAAGAAACUCUGUGAUUUGAAAGUGGACUACUUCAUUUUGAACGACAAUAAGUAUUACACUGAAAGUCUUCUGAAAGGUUCUUACCGGACAAAAACAAAAGAAGAGCAAUGGAGAGAAAAGGACAAAUCGUUUAAACCUAUUGCUGAUAUUAUCGGAGUAAAGCAUCCAGAGCACUUGGUUUCUC